AAUAUGGCUGUGAUUUUAAAAAAAAAAAUUGUAACGUAGCUAGCAAUAGCAUAUUUCAAAGCGUGCAGCUCAGAGCACUCCUUUUUUUCAUUUAAUCACGCCCCAUGACGCCAACCAAUGAAAUCCUUUCUCUUCACUGUAAAAGGGAAGUAAACAGUGACCGAGAACAACUUUCACGUUAGUGUUUUUAUUUAGACAUUUAUUAAUAUAAUGGAACUACAUAUAUGACUAAUUGAACUCCUAAGCAUCAGAUACGUUCCCCCAAGUAGUCUUUAGUUCGCGUUGGAGACAGGACUUGGUUGAUAGACGUUAUCUAGCUGACGCUAGCAAGCUGCUAACAAUGGCUAACUGUAUGGUUUUUCACACUCAAAUAGCCUCCAUUAUGGAGGUGCUAGCGAAUGCAGCCGUGUCAGAGAUCUGUAAACUCGUAGACGACGACUAUGCAGUGUUUCGUUUGGAAAUUUCUCAAAGUCAGAAAGAAAACGGGACAUUGCGGAGGAAACUACAGCUACUGGAACUGAAGGUGGCACGGGAGCGCGCCCUCCCCAGUCGUCCCAGUAGUGUAAAGGUCCUCGACCGAUACAGAGAAAUGGCAAGAGGUGAAGGACAUCUCACUGGAGGUCACAGGAACAUUGUGAAGCCAGUGGGCCACAAUACAUGGAGAAAUGACCAACCCGUAGCUGUAGAUGAAGGGAGUGGAACAUCAACCCAGCACGUUAUCGUAAUAGAGUCUGGAGAUGCAGAGGCUGCAGGUUCUGAGGCCGAGCAGGAGAGAUCUGAAGGAGAGGAGAACCCACGGCACAUCAGAGACAUCCAGACUGGAGCAGCUGGAGUGCCCUAUGAAGCCACAGAGGACCCCGCUGCCGCUGCUCACGAGCCAAGGAACCGGUGCAGCAUCACGGAGGUCAGUGGAAGGCCGGACACCGUACUCAAGUCAGAGACAGACACUAAGAAUAUAAUUGUAACACAAAGGCUCUUACACACAGGAUCUGACCAAUUAUCAGAUCCAGAGAGACUGGGGCCACUGAACUGUCCCCCUGCUCCCAGCUCAGAGUAUUUACCGGUAUUUAACCAGAGCCAGAGGCCUGUUCAUUCCCGUGGGGAUGGUGUAACAUUAGACACUGGUGGUGAUGAUCCGUCUUGUUCUUACACUACAGAGAUUGACCCUGGCAACAUAUCCUUGGGUUUAGAGACACAGACUGAUCUGUCUAGAGGGGACUGGAACCGGUAUAGUAGUAGUGUAUACUCUGAAGGGUGCCUAGAUAAGAAAGGGGAGGUUAUAGUCGUAGAUGAAGUGACUGUGAAAGUGGAGGGCGACACAUCUCUGACAUGGAAUGCAGACGAGACUCACUUUUUUGAAAGACACUCACAGGGCAACACCAAUGACUUCUUAGACUACAGGGAAAGAGAGACAAAUCUAAAUCUUGCAACCCACUCCCCUUUACACGCAUUCAGGGAUCGCAACUCAGUGUCUACAUCAAUGGCACCUCCUGAUUCAGACGGCCGCAUCAUUUUCGAUCAGGUAUUGAACUCAAAUGACAGGGCUAGAGCCCAGGCUCAGGGAAGGGGGGCAAUAUCAGGCGGUAGUAAAGAAAAACGGUUCCUCUGCAUGUUCUGUAACAAAGGUUUCAGCUGCUCCCAGAAGGUUGAGAUCCACCAGAGGGUCCACACAGGGGAGAAACCCUACAGCUGUACCCAGUGUCACAUGCGCUUCACCCAGGCUGGUGACCUGAAGAGACAUCAGAGGGUCCACACUGGGGAGAAACCUUACAGCUGCCCCCAGUGUGAGAAGAGGUUCUCUCGACACCACCAUUUGAAGAUGCACUUGAAGGUCCACACGGGAGAGAGGCCGUUCACCUGAACGCACUGCAGGUAGAGGUUCUCAGAACGGAGCUACCUCAGGACACACCAGCAGAAAAACCAUUCCACUCUAUAACAUAGCUUAUGACGUUUAGAUCAAACGCUGUAUUUAAAGGAAAAUGACAUUUUCUUUGCAUCUGCAGAAAACAAAGAGAAUUCAAUUUUCCUUUAAAUACAGCGUUUGAUCUAAAAUUCAUAAGCGAUCAAGUGGAAUGUUUACUUCCUAUGUUAUAGAGUGGAAUGGUUUUCCUGCUGAUGCACUAUUCUACCAAGGAAUAUUAAACACUGUAAUCUGUUACUCUCUUAAUUUCAAAUGCAUCUGUAGGUCUUUUCUGCAGAAAACAUUUGUAAUAAUGAGGGGAAUAGAUCAGUGUUAAAUAUUCCUUGGUAGAAUAUUGCAUCAGCAGGAAAAUCAUUUCACUCUAUAACAUAGGAAGUAAACAUUCCACUUGAUCGCUUCUGACGUUUUGACAAACCCUGCAUUAUAGACAAAGAUUAAUUUUAAUUGUUGUCAGUAGAAAAUAUCCACAGAUGAAUUUGGAAUAAUGAGAGUAACAGAUUUCAGUGUUGAAUAUUCCUGGGUAGAAUUGUCAUCCAGACAAUGUGUAAUUUUUAGGCAUAUAUAAGCCUAACAAGUCUGUUACUUAUUGUGUUUGUACUGUGUAGGCUAUAUGUUGUUCACAAAUGCCUAUUUCAUUACUUCCAACUACUUAAUUCUUUCCCAAAGACUCUUUUUAAAGAGAAAAUGUAUGCAGUUUAUCAAGUAGUUGAGACAUUGUAUGUGUGGUUUUCAUAUGGUGUAUUUAAAACUUGUUUGUUUAAUAAACACAAAAUGGGACUUUUCA